CAACCCAACCAAGCCACCCCUUUCUCCCAACAGAACAAAUCGGGCUCGUGGGCCAAACCUAGUCCGACCUUCAGCACACCCUUAGGAUGCUGUAGCCUCGGGCAAAGGAUACCGCCGCUUUUUACUCCGCCGCCAACGGCUUUGUUCGAACAAGGCGGGCCGAUUUCAACGGGCGUCCAGGACUAGCAGCCCCCGUCAAGAUCCCGGCUUUCCCAAAUUGUCCAUCGCUCCUGCUAUCAUCAACUUUCGCCGUGCUGUCUUCUUGUUGAUCAUUUGUCACAGGGCAAAGGUUUGCGUGCUAUGGGACUAGUAGACACGCGAACAAGCAACAACGGCCUAUUCCCAGUCCACAAGGAUAACUCGUAGCGCUUCAUUACUAGGCUGUAGACGCAGGCAAGCCAGCUCGCUCCUUCUCCUGCAAAAUAAAUCAAAACCUAGACACUAGGUCUUCCCGGUGUUUCGGUUUUUUUACCUUCGUCGGUGCUUCACCUGUAGCCGUUUCAUUUGCUUCUAAAGCCUUGGCAGCCAUAUUUUCUCGCCAAUGGCGGGCGUCUUGCCAGCGGCGCGGCCUGCAGCUGGAUGGCACGACGAGCGCAAUGAAUCCGUGGAGUCCGACUCGUCGGCGGGAGCCAUAGUCGGCGGCUGGGGCGCCAAGUGGGCCAGCAUGGGGCAAGACAACGAGAGCCCAACGGACGCGCCGGAGGGUCUGCUGCAACUGGCUCGACAGAUCCAGGAACGGCACGAGGAGGACGAGGUGGAGGAGGAGGUGUGGGACGAGGAGGAACACGUGGAGGAGGAGGAGAUCUACCCUGUGGAGCGGUCGUCAAGCGGCCGCAGGAGAGGGAUGGUCGGCGUCGUGACUGGCUGCGGCGUGCCCAUCGACUCCUCGCCUGGAAGCGGGAAGAAGAAGAAGAAGUCGUUUUUCGGGCUCUCGUCCAUCGUGCGCUCGCUAUCGGGUCGGUCGAGGAGGAGCCCUGGCGGGAAGGAGCCGUUGCCUGCUCCUGCAGCGCGCCGAGGCCAGAUCGCGCCCGAGCCGCUGAACUACGCGAGCCCCAAUGACGCGAGCAACAACGCCCACGCACGGGAGGUGCCACAGCCGCAGAAGCUGCAGUUCUCCCAACAGCAGCAGCAGCAGCAGCAGCAGGAAACCUUUACGCUCGCCACGCCAAGCGUGCAUCCGCUGCCGUACCAGCAGCAGCAGAACCAGCAGCUGGAGGAGCAGCAGCAGCCCGCACGAAGCGGUCUGCAGCAGCUGCAGCAGCAGCUGGCAAGUCAAGAGCAGGCGGCGGAGGCCACGUGGAGCAGCGUGCCCAUGAAUCUCGAGGGGCUCCGCGACGUGCUGGACAAGCGCAUGGCGGAGGACCACGACGGCGCGAGCGGAAGGAUGGCGGAAGGCGGUCAGCCCGCGCGCAGGUCGGGGAAUCUGCGGUCGGCGGACAAGUGGCUGCGGCAGAUCGCGGCGGCGGAAGAAGAGGGCCGCCUGGACAUCGCGUCCCGCCUAUUCGAGCUCGCUCAAGAGUGCGGCUCGCAGCCCUUGGAGGUCAUUCUCGAGGCCAAAGAGGCGUUCAACAAGCGCCACGGCCUCGCUCCGCCGCCGUCCGCCAAGACCCCCCCGCGCUCCCCGUUGCGCUCACCGUUCCGCUCGCCCGCGCUAUCUUCGACCGCCACCCGGUCCCCGCUCCGCUCGCCCAUCUCGUCCCCGCUGCGCUGCCUCGCGCCCAAGGCGCUGAGAGACGCGGACUCGUCGGACGAAGAGGCGGAGGAGGACAUGGAGCCGCGCCUGCGCGUGGCGGAAACCGGCGGGGCGCCGCGGAAGCUCCACGUGGAGGAGAUUGAGAUUGAGGACGUGCCUGACGUGGACGGGUACAGCAGCGACGAAGAGAAGAGAGGAGGACACGUGGACGAGGUGGAGGAGGAGGCGGAGGAGGCGUGGGAGGAAGGCGAAGGGAGCGAGGAGGGAGGGAAGCGAGGAUGGCUGACUAGGAUUCGCCAGAAGUCCCCCACUAGCUGCUUCAAGCCGUCCGCCAAGCAGUCAUCGACGCAGCAGCAGCGUCAGCAGCAGCAGCAGCAGCAGCCGUAUCAGCCGCAGCAGCAGGGCGGCGAGAGCGGCAAGGCGUCGCCAGUGCCGGCUAGCCCGGGCAGCGCGGUGCCUGCCGAGAAAGCCGCCGCGGCUCACGCUGCCGCCGCCGCGUUCGCCGGGAUGGGCCAUUACGGCGCGGCGACUGGCGGUGUCGUGACGGAGACGGUAACGGGGGUGACGGAGGUGACGGAGUUGACGGAAAUCGAGUCGGAGUCUAAGUCGGAGACGGAAUCGGAGUCUGAGUCUGAGAUGGAGACGGAGACGGAGCCAACUGGUAACGAGUAUGCGAGGGAGGAGAAGGCGGAGGAGCAAGUCGAGGCCGUGUCGUCGCCGGCAUCGUCGUCCUGCUCGUCGUCGUCGUCUGAGGAGGAGGAGGACGAGGAGUCGCACGUGGAGUCGUUCAAGGAGUCGCACGUUGCGAUGUCGCAGUCGCAGUCGGAGAUGACGGCGCUGACGCGUGACGAGAGCCUGGAGACGGCGAACACGGCCGCAUCGGGCGUGGGAUCGACGUACCUCGAUGCUACAGCCGCCAGUCCCAGCUCGGUCGCUUCUUCCGUCCGCCCUGCUACAGCCGCGCGAUACGCUGCGUUUGAUGCUGCGGGGACUGCGUUCCGCCUGCCGGCUUCCGCCCCGGCGCCCGACGAGUACAAGGGCGGCGCGGCUGCGGCAGCCGCGGCGGCGGCGGCGGUGGCGGCUGCUGCGGCGGCGGAGUUUAAGUCUCCGAUCGACUACGGCAGCGACAGCGACACGGUGAUGCUGCGCGCCAAGCGCGCACCGGACUAUGGCACGGGGAACGCGGACUACAGCCAGAGUGGCAUCCGCGCGGGCCAGCCCCUGCCGCUCCCGCAGGCGCAGGCGCAAGCGGCGAUCGCCGCUGUGCCCGCUUCCGCGACACUCGCGGUAUCUGAGGCGGAGCCGGAGAGCACCUGGGCAGCGGAAUCGGAGGCGGAGGCGGAGUCGGACGCGGAAGGGGAGAGCGGAAAGGCGCAGGGGGAACCCGCAGGGCAGAACGAUGCGUACAGCUCGAGCAGCGAGAGCGAGAGCGACAGUGAGGAGGAGGCGGAGGAACGGCAGAAGGUUGUGCCAGUGCAGUCGUUUUACGGCCAGACAACGAUGGCGCAGCAAGCGGAAGCGAAGGCGGAAGCGGAGGCGAAGGCGGAAGCGGAGGCGAAGGCGGAGGCGGAGGCGGAAGCGGAGGCGGAAGUGGCGAGGAAGGAGAGUGAGGAGGAGGUGAAGGAGGAAGAGGAGGAGGAGGAUGUGUUUGAGGACGAGGAGGAGGAGAACUGGGAGGACUGCAGGAGUGCGGCGGGCGACUGGAGCGAGACGGAGAGCGAGCGCAGCUACAAGCGCGACUACCGGCGCGGCGGAUCGCCGGCGCUCUUUGCUGCUGCUGGCUCGGCGCGCCAAGCCCUGCUUCUACAGCAGCAGCAGCAGCAGCAGCAGCUGUUGCAGCAGCAGAGGCAGGCGCAAGCUGCGGCUGAAGCUGCAGCAGCGGCGGCGGCGGCGGCGGAAGCGGCGGCGGCAGCGGCAGCUGCGAGCAGCAACAGCAGCAGCGCGAGCAGCGGCAGCAGCGACGGCGACUGGGAGCGCGAAGUGACGACGGAGGGCCUGGAGUCGGCGCUCGGACCCAUCAGCCCGCCGUGCAGCCCCCCUGCUGCUACCGCUCCCGCUCCCGCUCCCGCUCCCGCUCUUCCCGCUCCUGCUGCUCCUGCUCCUGAGCCGGCCCGCAAGCCUCUCUCCCCGCCUGCUUCUCAUGCGCCGGUGUCGCCCGCUCGGCCGUCGCCCGUUGCGCUGUCGCAGGCCGCCGCCUCGUCUUCGUCGUCGCCGUCGCCCGUGGCUGAGUCGCGACCUGCGUCGCCUGCUGCUCGUGGGGCGGAGAACCGGCGGGAGAGGGAGGAGGAAGAGGCGGAGCAGGCGGAAGCGCAAGCGGAAGCGGAAGCAGUAGCGGGCGCGGAGAGCGCGGUUGUCCAGACUGUUUCGGAGGUGAGCGCCCGCCUGAAAGCCGCCACUGCGGCCAUACCUGCCGCUGCUCCUGCAGCAGCAACGGUCCCAGCCAAGUCCCCCCUGCGGCAAGCGGCCAAGGCUCCUGUGCCGCUGGAGCUGGCGGGAUUCUUGGCGCCCACUGCGUCCACUGCCAGUAAGACCAAGGCUGCUGCUGCUCUGGGUGCUGCUACUGCUGGCGCUGCUGCUGGCGCCGCUUGGGGCUCGGCUGGUGUGGGCUCUGGAGGGGCUGCUGGUGCUGCUGCGCGUGCGGGACGCAGGACCAGCCUUGCUGGUGGUGCUGCUGGUGCUGCUGCUGGUGCUGCUGCUGGUGGUGGUGCUGGUGGUGGUGUACCGGCAGCAGCAGGAGGAGAGCGUGCUGCGGCGAUUGGUCUGCCUCGAGGCGGCGCUCUCAGCCGGUCGGUCAGUGCUGAUCGCUCCGCCCACCGCCCCUCGUCGGCCACUGCUGCAGCUGGUGGCCCUGGUAGCCAUGGUCCCGUGUCGCCGCUGUCUUCGUCGGUGUCGGCUUUCCACUCGCCUCUGCACUCGCUCGCUGCCGCCCAAUCUCUCUCAUCCGCCGCCCGCGCCAAUGCAUCUCCCAGCCGGGCAGGAGGAGUAGGCAAGGGCGUUGGCGCUGGAGCUGCUGCUGCCGCUGCUGGUUCUGCUGCCAGCAACCCCAGCAACACCCUGGGUGCAGGGUCCAGGCGCCUGCUGAUGCUGCAGGACCCGCCUGCUAGCACCGCCGGAACCGGUACCGGCAAGGGGGGGAGGGGCAAGGGCGGUAGUGGGGACGCGGAGGAGGAGGGAAGCUUUGGAGCGGCAGCGGGGCUGGAGGUGCCUGAGAAGGGCAUGGGGUCUCUGAUUAAGGGAGUGGGGAGGGGCACCGACGCCUUGGGAUUCCCAAAGCAGCAGCAGCCGCAGCAGCAGCAGCAGGGAGGGGCAGCGGCUGCGCUGGUAACGGCAGUGGCGGCGGCAGCAGCGGCUGCGCCAGUGUCUGUUGCGGCUGAAGCGGCGGCGGUGGCAGGGAUCGGGAUGAAGGGGCACGAGGUGGUGGUGGGCGGCGGAACGAGCUUUGGAUACCGUGGAGGUCAGAGCACUGGUGAUCCUGCUGCUGCUGCUGCGGCGGCUGGGAGGAGGGCCUCUCUUGCAGGCACAUCCAAGAUGAAAGCUCCUGGCGGUGGUGCUGCAGUAGCAGGAGGAGGAGCAGCAGCAGCAGGCGGGGGAGGGGUUGGUAGCAGCCGGCGCAUGGCAGGAGCAGCAGCCGGUGGUGGGGAGUCAAGAGGAGGGCUGCAGCCGUUGCGUCAGUCGGUGUCGCAUCACCGCAGCAGCUUGGGCGGUGGCAGCUCGUUUGCGGCAGAGCAUCGCAUGGACGCGCUCAGCAGCGGCCGUGGCAGCCACAGCAUCAGCAGCACCAACCACCACUCUGCCGCCAUCGCUGCCGUCGCUGCUGCGGCUAGCAGGGGGGGGGGAGGAGGAGGAGGAGGAGGAGGGGGGCAGAAGAAGAGCGGGUGGGAGUCGUCGCUGCGUGACGGCCGCAGCGGCGGGUUCAACACGAGCCUCAGGCGUGCCAGCACCUUCGGCAGCAAUAGUGGCACAGCCACCGCCGCUGCUCACGCUGCUGCUACCAGGCCGGGGGUAUCGCCUCUGCGCUCUGGCAUCGGCAGGGGAGGAGCAGGAGGAGCAGGAGGAGCUGGAGGAGGAGCGGAAGCAGCAGCAGCGGCAGCAAGGAGGCUGUCGGUGGGAACAGACCGGACAGCAGCGAGCAGCACGGCGGGGAGUGUGGCGGACCCGGACGACGUGGCGGGGGGGGGGAGUGCGGAGGAGAGGGGCGAUGCGCUGGCGGUGCAGUUUCAGAAGUGGACCACGAGCCUGAGGAGCCCCAGCCCCAAGGCCGGGGCCGUGGAGAGGCCCCCGUGGGGCGGACCCAGGGGGGGGAGGCCGGCGGGUAAUGCGCAGAGGAACGGUGGCACUGUGCAAGGCAGGAAGCUGUCUGCGCCAACUGCCUCGUCUCGCAUUCUGUGAAGAGUGGAGCGGCAGCAGGGCAGUUGUGAAGGAGAGAAGAGAGGGGGGAGGCUGAUGAUGAGAGGGGGGAGUGGGGGGGUGGAUGAUGUGAUGGGUGGAGAGGAGUGGAGAGGUGGUCAUGGGUGCCAGGGGAGGGGGUAGAGAAUUCCUUACACGUGCUUUAUAUACAGGAACCAGUAACACAUACUGAGUGGUUCCGGGAGAAUUGCAGCCUGGCGAGAGGUCUGGUAGUGGUUGGAGGGGGGAGGUGGCAGGAAGCUAGAAUGAUGGAACUUAUGUACUUGUGUGCUUAUGUAGGGAUGUAGGCUGUAGCUUUGAGUUGGAAUAAGUGUGCAUCAGAAUAGUGCUGGAUAUAGUGGUAAAUAGAAUUCUGAAGAACAUUGGUUCUGGUUUUCAUAAGUGAAU